CUCUGUAUUAGAGUAUUAUUUUCGUACUCUUAGCUCUUGAUAUUUAUUUUUGCAAGUGGGAGUUAUUCUAAGCGAAUUAUUACAUUGCUCGCUAUGGCCCUUCCCUUGAACUCUAAUGUCCCUUCCAUCGAUGAUUUAACCCCGUCCGGCGGAAUUCUACGAACUGUCACCCAAACUAUAGGGCCACGGUGGUCCCCUCGCCUAGGGAAGGCCACCCACCAGUCCUAGCAAUACCGCUGGGUGUCGUGAGACUCCGGUAGACGCCGGACCUUUUCCUCACAUAUAUAUAAGGGAGUUGGAAGUGAGCGGCCACAGUCCGAUAUAACCGACUACCUUGCUUUAUACUUCUGUCCUGUCCACAACUCUCAAACCUAACCCAUAAAGAACAAAUACUGCUCUCGACCAUCAUAUAAGAUUCACUUUCCGCUCUUCUUCUUCCUCCCCUUCUUCUACGUCUUAUUCUUUCGCCCACCACACCCAGUCAAUUUCCGCCACCAUGGACGCCUUCUCUGCUCAAGCCAAGGCCCUCAUCAAGACGAACGACGAAGCUGGCCGCAAGAAGAUCCUGGACACUCUGCGCGACCUCUGCUACUCACUCGAAUCCGCCCAGGACUCGGCCCAGAGAAUCAUGUACCUCCAACUUCAAGUCGCAGCUGUCCGGAUCGGUUGUGACCUCAAGCUCUUUAAUAUCCUCGCGGAGACUCCAACUCCCCUGACCGUGGACAGCCUGUCAAAAACGACUGGUGCAGCGCCAACACUUCUAGCCCGCAUUCUGCGCUACUUGGCCUCAGUUGGUAUUAUCAAGGAGACAGAUAAGGAUACCUUCACUAAGAACAACAUCACCCAGACCUUCACAAACCCUGGAUUCCAGGGUGGCAUUUACCAUUACCAUGACAGUAUCGGCCCUGCCAUAACGGCCCUCCCCGACUUCCUGAAGGAAAAUAACUACCAGGAUAUCACAAGCGUUGUGCAUACCCCACUCCAAAAGGCAUGGAACACAGAUCUCCCCGCCUUCAUCUGGGUUCAGACCAAGCCGGAGAACUUUGCCCAUUUCAACCAGUUCAUGGUUGCUCAGCGCCUGGGCAUGCCUACCUGGCUAGAUGUCUACCCAUAUCAGCAUAAGGCAGAGAACUUGAAGCCAGAGCAGCCAUUCUUUGUCGAUCUCGGUGGUGGUCUUGGACACCAGAGCAUUGCUCUACGCGAGAAGCUACCUGACUUGCCCAAUAGGAUCAUUCUGCAGGAUAUCCCUGCGACUCUAGAGCAUGCCAUCAAUCACCCAGGCGUGGAGAUCGUAGUGCAGGACUUCUUUCAGACUCAGGUUAUAGCAGGUGCAAAAAUAUACUACAUGCGCAACAUUAUACAUGACUACCCCGAGGACAAGGCUAUUCUCAUCCUGAAGAAUAUAAUUGCAGCCCUGGCAACAGACUCCGUUAUCCUGAUUGACGACAUGGUCAUUCCCAACUCUAGUGCCCACUGGCAGGCAACUCAGAUCGACCUGGUCAUGAUGAUGUCAUUAGCCUCCCUGGAGAGGACCAAAGAGCAGUGGCACGAGCUUCUCGAGAAGGCGGGCUUAAAAAUCAACAAUAUAUAUACCUACACUGCCAGUCUGCAGGACAGCAUCAUCGAGUGCGUGCCGGCUUAGAUGGAGAUAAUUUUACAUAGAUCAAGCUGCGG